CGGUCAUCCGAUAUCGAUCGCCUGGGCAUCGCCAUCCCAUCUCUCCCCGACACUUUCAUUUCCUGCCAUGGAUCGGCUCGUCCCUGCACCCCCGCCCAGCCUCGCCCAUCUGUCGACUGUCCUUGCAACCAGAUCAACCGAUCUCUGGGUCUUCCUCGGCGCAACUGGCUUCCAUUCGGCCUCGCUUCUGUUGCUCUCAUGGCUCGAGGACAUCCGCAAGGCUGGAAACCCAGACGGCCCCUCUGCCGCGCAUCCGUCUAUUCUUACCGCCGCAGCCGAGCUCGCCCUCGAUCGCUUCGGGAUCGGCCUCGGCACCGUGCCCGUUUGCGUUGCCUCGAUCUCGCUCCUCGUCUCGCUGGUCUGCAACGUCUUCCACGAGGGUAUUGUCCUCCAGGAAGCAGGACCGCUCGAAUGGUUCAAGCUCAUCAACCUCCUGCCCCUGGCAUACAUCCCUCUGGAUCUUGCCGAUGCUCUUCUGCGAGGCUAUGCCGUUGCCACGGCGUCGGACAGGUCUCGCGCCUUUGCCGAUCCGACUGUUCUUUCUCCAUGGAAGCCGAUCUUUGUCAAACUCUGCAUCGGUCUCGUCGGCUCGCUCUCGGUCGUCAUGCUUGUCCAUGCGAGCCGCCAGUCCAAAUAUCUAGCCCUUCGCGGAGACCCCUCGGAUCGCCAGAGGCAACCGCCGCCUGGAUUGAUGCGGGUCAAGGAUCUGCAUCCCGAUGCUGCCGUCUUUCGUUCAGAUGCUUCCUCUGACACCAGCAAGCGUCGACAGCGCAAGCCAGCACAUCCAAGCACCUGAGCGCUGUCCCAAUACAGAGCAGCCCGCAAGCUGC